CGCGCUUCCGGUCGAACCUCUCUCAUCUGACAGUCCGAAAUGUUAUAGGUGCACGGUUAACAGCUGUUUCCGAGGCCAGAAGCUCCAUCCGCGGGAUGUCAACAAGUGCGCGCGUCCGCGGGUAAAUCCGACGUGUCGACGAUUUUUGAGGCUUUGAGGGGAAAAAACCGAAACUUCUCACGCGUAACUGCCAAUCAUCCGCCGUCACAUCGCGCUGCCAUUAACCUGCCCGACUAAUUCGACGGGCUCUGACCUGCUUUUCCUCUUAACGAGCGCAGUCGGAUCAGCAACCUCCUCCGUGCGCGGAUCAUGCUACUGCAGCCAGUUUUCUAAACAGUGUAUAUAUCGACUCUUUCGACGCUAUGCCAGACAGCAAUCCAAAAAUGGAGAACGAGGAUGAACAUGAUAUAAAUGAUGCCAGUACAUCAACAAACUGUGAUACUAAUAUAAACACGACCGCACAGAAUGAAGCGCAAAACGCGCAACCGUCACCAAAUUUUAUGAUGGGUGGAUUAACGGGAGCGUCACCACCUAAAUUCGUGUCUUUCGACGAAAUCGUAAAAGCUGCCAACGGAAUGAAAAAUAUGGCCUUAGCGCACGAAAUCGCGGUAGAUAAAAAUUUUCAGCUGCAGAAACUGGAGCCGGAAGACGGUAGUUUCCAUAGGCGAGUAAAAGAAAUAAUGCACAAAGCUUUUUGGAAUCUAUUAGCGGAGCAGCUGGCCGAGACGCCGCCAAAUUAUUCGCAUGCACUGGUUUUAUUGAAAGAGAUUAAAGAAUCACUGGAGGAGCUUGUACCGCCUCAGAAUUCGCGAAUCAAGAAAAAUAUCAGGGAGGUGCUCGAUCUGGAUCUGAUCAAGCAGCUGGCGGAGAAAGAUGCUUUGAAUUUCCAUCAUUACGCCCAGUACAUAGUCACGACCAUGAGUAAAAUAUGUGCGCCAGUCAGAGACGAGAAAAUCAGAGAGCUUUCGCAGCAGGUGGACGUGAUUGAGAUAUUUAAGGGUGUGAUGGAGCUGUUGCAACUGAUGAGACUGGACUUGGCGAAUUUCACUAUUACCAUGAUGCGACCGAACAUCAUCGCCUCGAGCAUCGAGUACGAGAAAGCGAAGUUUGCCGACUUCUUAAAGGUCAACUCGAAUGGCCUGCAGUACACGGAAAAAUGGUUACUCAGGCACUUUGAUGCAGAAAAGAUGACGGGUUCGUCGAGCUCCGCUGGCGUUGCCAAUAUAAGACAAAUCACUCACUCUCUCUUGACCGAAGCGUACCUCGAUCUUCUCGAAUGGGAUUUCAAUCCGGAUGCUGAAACAUUGAUGUUGGAUCAAGGAAGACUUCUCGAAUUGCGCGAUAUAACCAGUAGAUUGAGUAUCAUCGGUUCUGUGAUAUUACUGGUUAAUAAUACGGUCGGUGCACCGAUUCACGGGGUUUCGAGCUUUAAGAAGAAUAUCAAGCAACACUUGAACGUGUUGUUGGAAUCGGUACAUUCGAACAAGGAUCUGGAAGCUGCGAUGCCAAAUAUUGUACUGCAAGUGAAGACGGAUGUAAAAACAACGUUACAGGAAAUCAAUGCCGCCGAAAUGUCUGGAGAAUUAGAGGCAUUGCUAGAGGGCCAAGUAGUCGAUGUUGCAGACACGAAACACAAAAUCAGAUAUCUCGUCAGUCUGCGAAUCAGACAGUUUCUACAGAAAAUUAUUCAAUCGCAAUCCAUCGCACCUCAACAAGUACCACCGGGUCUCUCCUCGUUGCAAGAGGAAUUAACGGCCGUUGCCGCUCGAUUUGUUAUACUCGUUUCGCAUAAUCGCAGCGUAUUUGGCGAGUAUUACCAGGAUAUUGUUGCAAACGCACUUGCGAGAAGUGACGUUGACAAUAAUAAAGAGAUACAUGGGGCACACGCCAUGGAAUUGUAAAAAAGAAAAAAAAAUAGAAAAAUGGGAAUUAAAUAUACUUAAAGUAUAAUGUUAAUACACUCAGAUCUCGCUAUGCUCGUUUCUGGUAUGUAUGUAAUAUCGAGACAAUUCUGUGGCUUCAAACAAUCCAAUUUUCUUCAACUUACCAAUAGAUAAGUAACGAAUCAUGCAACCAAGCACUACGUUUCAUCUUCAGCACUAUGCAUCUCCUUCCCUAGUGACAUAAUUGCGGAUUUUUUUUAUUCCGAGCGAGACACAUUGAAGAUACGAGUGUACAUGAUUUUUCAUAUUUAUGUCGAUUUAAUUGUAUAAUGGGCGACAUUCGCAAAUUAUAUAUUGUACAAUUAACAAAGUAGAAAAGAUAUCUGUAUUUAUUAUUAUCGUUCACACGUGAUCAAUUAUGAUCAUUGAUAGCAGUAAUGUAAACUAUGUUUUUUCUUUUUACAUAUUGCACAUAGUAUUUACAAAAUAUACGUUAACAUAUGAUAUCUUGAUUAAUGAAA